UUGUCAACACUCUCUCUCUUUCUCUAACAUGGAGCUUAAACACGCAACGCAAAACCUAAAUGAAGACAGUAAUUGGCCCAUCACCACCUUCGCUCACCGUGCAUGCUUCGCCGCUGGCUGCGCCGCUGUGCUAUUCUCGAUAGCCAAAUCCCUACUACUGAUGAACGCCGCCGUUGCUCCACAGCCAUGGCUGGAGUCCACUAUCGCCGCCAUGGCGGCCUACUUGGCGGCGGACCUAGGCACCGGCAUCUAUCAUUGGGCCAUAGACAACUACGGCAGCGCCCAAACUCCGAUCUUCGGCCCCCAAAUCGUGGGUUUCCAAGGCCACCACCAUCGCCCCUCGGAAAUCACAAAAAUGCAUGUAGUCUACAACGUCUACAUUACUGCCGCCGCCGUAGCAGCCGUAGCGAUACCCAUAAACUUAUUAUGCAGCGAUCCGGUUUUGCUGUUAUUUGUGGGCGUGUUUGCAGGGUGCGUCAUGUUCAGCCAGCAGUUCCAUGCAUGGGCCCACACCCCAAAGGGGAGGCUGCCGCCGCUGGUGGCGGCCAUCCAGGACGCCGGGAUCAUCUUGAGGCGGGCUGACCACGCCGCGCACCACCGCGCUCCCUUCAACACCAAUUACUGCAUCGUUAGCGGAGUGUGGAAUAGGGUUUUGGAUUGGUCCAAGUUCUUUGUGGCGCUGGAGGUGGUGGUGGCGGCGGCCCUCGGCCACCAGCCGCGGUCGUGGAGUAACCCCACCUCAGAUUGGACUGAAAAUUCAGCGAUGAAUUAAAACGGAGGUGUUAUAUGGAGUAUGAAAUAAUGAAGGAUGUAGUUUAUUUUUUAUAUUAUAUUCAUUUCUUUAUAUUUUUUUAAUUUAUUAUUUCAGUUUUACUUAAUUUUUUUUUUAUAUUUUUACAAUAAUAAUUUUAUGAAAUAAUGAAGGGAUGUAUGUAGCCAACUAAACUAUAUAACAUUAUUCUUUUUAGGGCUAAUUGCCUGUAAA